AUGAACCGUCCUCACUCUUUGGACCUCUCUUUCACCUCCUCUGACAACCAACCUCAAGGAGUUGGUGUGAACGGAUACCCUGUUCAAGUUACGUACGGUGGUUGGCAGCCAAAUACUAUCUGGCAUUCUUCUGCACCUCGAAGCAUGGCAAACGGCAACUGGCGAGGCCCUCAGAUGUCCACCGAUCAGAUGAAUGCCCAGCCUUCUGGUACCAACAACUAUUCCCUCAUGCCUUCCCCUCUUCCGCGCGCUCCAACCAGCAAUGCUGGGCCGGUGAGCAUCUCAGACUGUCUCAGCGGCUAUGCCUAUUGCGUAAAGAGACCUGACGGUCGAUACACUCGACUUGUCCCAGCAGAUAGACUUCCGCUUCUCAAUGAGAUCCCAGCUACUCAGGCCAGCGCUCAAGGCAUGGUCCUAUUGCCAGACCUGCACAUGAAGCCACCUCAAGGGGUCGCUACCAUGAACCAGUCUGUAACUGUGAAGCCUCUGACUGCUCCAGCAUCUGAUGUCCUUCAGGUAAUCAGACUUUCUUUUUCUUCCGUCAAGUACAACUGCUGUCCGUCAGAGUAUGCUGACUUGGUGUACCAGACCAAGAUCGACCGCAUCGUUGCGAUUUCGCCUGCUCAGCAGCGAAGCCCCAAAGUCUACUGCGACAAAUGGAUCCACGACGGAACCUGUGCCUUUACACAGCAAGGCUGCAAGUACAAACACGAGAUGCCUGUUGACAAGGCCACCCAGCAGUCUCUCGGACUCUUCCAUGGAUUCCCUAAGUGGUGGAGGGACCAUCAGGAAGAGUUGCAGAAGCAACAAAAGACGUCACCGACUUCCCGCGGCCAAGCCAUUCACCAGAUUGGCUGGCGUGGUGACAGCAACGACCACAGAGCCCCAGCUCCGAUUGGAGCCGGGAGACAGAAGCAUCCUGUCAAGGGAACCCGCGAUGAUAUGACUACUGCUCUUGAGAAGCGCCCUAGAGCCGGAACGGAGCCCAGCUGGGUCGCAAGUGCUUCGUCGGUCAAGGCCUUGCCCGGAUCCUUGUCAUCCUCAUCUACUGGAUCAAUCGACUCUGCUUAUAUUCGCCAGUGA